UAGCCCCAAAUUCUAAUUGAUCUGCAGAUUCACGGGUGAUUGUAUAUGAGAAAUAGGAAUGGAUUGGCAUCGGAUCAUCUUUGCGUUCCUAAUCACUCUUCUGAUACAUUACAGUAAUCACAUGGUCAGAUGUGACAUAACAGAUGUACAACUUGUUGGAGGUCCAUCAUCUAAUAAAGGUACAGUAGAGAUCAGGCAAGAUGGCGGCGAUUGGGAGACGACAUGUGGAAUGAAUCUUGACAUUAAUGACGUCAUCGUCAUUUGCAGACAAUUAGGAUUCCCGGGAGCUAGUCUAGCAAUGCAGAUCACACCCUUUAUACAGAAUUCUAUACCUGACAUUGGAUUAGAUUGUAACGGAGAUGAAGGAAAUGUCGCAGCAUGUCCUUCAUUCUCACACGCAUCGGGGUGUUCCCAAGCAGGAGCAGCAUCUUGUCAUGGUAAUUACAAAAACGACAAUAAUAAUAUCUAGAGGCAGGCUACAUUGAAUCUGAAUCAAUUCUGUGAAUUGAAUAUGAACUCCAGUAGGGUG